AUGCAGAUGAAACUGACGAUGACGUUCAAGAUCCCGCUUCGAAAAGAAGGUGCCUGGGUUUGUUUCAAGACUGGAGUGAGGCGGAGGAUGACAAGCCUUUUAGGAGGGGGAGCUGCACUUUUGGGAGAGACCAGCUGCCCAUUGAAAGCCACUGACGACAUCUGGUUUGGGUGCUGUUCCUGCACCUAUGUCACCAAAGAUCAGCAUGGGAUCGUGAACCACCUGGUUGCCCAUGGUGAUGAACAAUCCAAGAGCCAGCAUCCUCCCGUGUCCUCUCACUCCAGGUCCAAAGUGCUAAGCAACACUCAAAAGCACAAAAGUAUUAAGUUGUUUAAGUGCCAACUGUGUCCUCAAGCCUUUGCUAGGAAUUCCCGACUGAAGAGGCAUAACCAAACACACACUGGUGAAAAGCCAUUUAAAUGCAAGCUUUGCCUAAAAGCCUUUGCUCGGAAUUCUCAUUUAAGAAGGCAUAAUCUAACACACUCUGGUGAAAAGCCAUUUAAGUGCAAGCUCUGCCCCCGAGCCUUUUCUCAGAAUGGCUAUCUGAUCUACCAUAAUCGAACACACACUGGUGAAAACCCAUUUAAGUGCAAGCUGUGCCCUCAUGCCUUUUCUCAUAAUAGUGCUCUGAUCUUGCAUAAUCGAACACACUCGGGCGAAAAGCCAUUUAAGUGCAAGCUGUGCCCCCGAGUCUUUGCUAAUAAUUCUAAUUUAAAAACGCAUAGUCUAGCACACUCUUCUGAAACGUCAUUUAAGUGCAAGGUGUGCCCCCAAGUCUUUUCUGAGAAAGCCAGUCUGAUCUGUCAUAAUCGAACACAUUCAGCUGAAAAGCCAUGUAAGUGCAAGCUAUGCCCCCAAGCCUUUUCUCAGAAAAUCGAUCUGAUCCGCCAUAAUCGAACACACUCAGGUGAAAAGCCAUUCAAGUGCAAGCUAUGCCCCCAAGCCUUUUCUCGGAAUUCCAGUCUGAUCUACCAUAAUCGAACACACUCAGGUGAAAAGCCAUUUAAGUGCAAGCUGUGCCCCCGAACAUUUUCACAGAAUUCACAUCUGAGACGCCAUAAUCUAACACACUGUUGAAAAGUAAUUUAAGUGGAACAUGUGUCCCAAGGCCUUUUCUCAGGGAUCUGAUCUGCAGUGCAGAUAUGCACCAUUUCAGUUGAAAUAUACAAAUGCAUGCAGUACCCUAAAAUGGCAGGAAUGCAGUGCCUUACAAAUGACAGCAAUGUUCCUGUGCAUUUUUUAAUGCCUCUGCCUCGUGGGGCAUGUGCCAAAGCAGUGGUAAACGAACCUAAGGACGAGUGCAUUAAUCGGGUGGCAGGUGGUGGGCUUUUGCACUGUCGACUUCUCAGAACGGGUAGUUGUAUAUCCAGUAU